UCUCCUCACGCUACUGCUACGCCACCCCCGCCCGCCAUACCCCUGCCAUGGCUCUGUAGCCGUGACCUCUUUGUGCCCCCGGCCCGUCUCCGCGCUCACCGCGUCUGUGCUCUUCGCUCACACCUUCUUUCUACCGCCGAGGCCGUCGCCUCUCCUUUCCACAGCCAUGGAGUCCUCCACUUUCGCCUUGGUGCCUGUCUUCACCCAGCUGAGAAACCACGAGAGUCCACUCCCAGCUGUUGGUGCAGCCUCCUCCAUUGCCAUCAGUGCCCAGCACCUGUGCUACAGCCAUGUCACUCUUGGCGACCCUGGGGCUGGAGCUGGACAAGGCCCUGCUCCCAGCUAGUGGUCUGGGCUGGCUCGUAGACUAUGGGAAACUCCCCCUGGCCCCUGCCCCCCUGGGCCCCUAUGAGGUCCUUGGGGGAGCCCUGGAGGGCGGGCUUCCAGGGGGGGGAGAGCCCCUGGCAGGUGAUGGCUUCUCUGACUGGAUGACUGAGCGAGUUGACUUUACAGCCCUCCUCCCUCUGGAGCCUCCCUUACCCCCAGGUGCCCUCCCUCUACCUUCCCCACCUCCACCUGACCUGGAAGCCAUGGCCUCCCUCCUCAAGAAAGAGUUGGAACAGAUAGAAGACUUCUUCCUUGAUGCCCCAGUCUUUCCAUCACCCUCACCACCACCACCAC